UCCAGUGCGCAGCAGUACUUCGCUCCAGUCUUUUGCUUUGUAGCCUACCACCGCUUCGCCGCCUCCUCUUUUUCUCCUCUCCCCGCCUAUGCCUGUCCCGGCAAGCAUCCAGCGAAUGUUCGGUCCACCCCCAGACCCCCUGCAGGGAACAGUGAGAGAGCGGUUCCGUUCUGAGCACACAGCAUACUAUUGAAAGCUGCCAAGGGAAGACGUGGAUAAUAAGUGUCGUUGUUGACGUAACCCAGGAUUUUUUUUUCGGAGGUAUGCCUGUGCCAGACCAGCCAUCAGAGCAGGAGAAGGCAGCCAGUCUGCUGAGUCCAGGUCUACCGUCAUCUAACGGAGAUGGAUCAGACGGGACGGAGACCACCUCCGCUAUCCUGGCCUCCGUCAAAGAACAGGAGCUGCAGUUUGAGAGACUGACCCGUGAGCUGGAGGCAGAAAGACAGAUUGUAGCCACCCAGUUGGAGAGAUGCAAGCUGGGCUCUGAGACUGGUGGAAGUAUGAGCAGCAUCAGUUCGGCAGAUGAGCAGUUUCGCUGGAACAUCCAAGCUGAUGGCCAGAAGGACAUAGAGGAUGAGCUGACCACAGGACUGGAGCUGGUCGACUCCUGCAUCAGAUCCCUGCAGGAGUCUGGAAUACUGGACCCUCAUCAAUACAACACAGGAGAACCUCUUCUUUCCCAGAGUUCUUUGCAGCUCAACUCCACCCCAGAGGCUUCGCUCCAGUACUCCGCCAGCUACCAUAGCAACCAGACCCUCGCCCUUAGCGACAGUGCUGCAGCGGCAACCCCACAGCGCAGUGGACAGGUCGGAGGGGCCGUGCACAGCUACAACCAGGUGACAUCUAGUCGUGCGGCCCAGCAGCAGGCAGGGGGAGGGGGAGGUAGUGGAGGAGACUCCUUCUCUCAGAGCCAUGGCAGUGCUUUUCAUCUGCCUGAUGCACAGCUUCCCACAAUCGGUCACUACUACUCCAGUUCCACCCUGCCUGCCCAGCGUGUGAGUUCCCCUCUGACCGGAGGUGGAGGUGGAGGGUCUGGUUCUCCCAGCAAGCUGCAGCGCCUGGGCUCAGCCUCAGACACACCGGGCUACACUACUGCCCAGCGCCUACCUUCCUCCUCCUCAUCCUCACCCAACAAACAGUCCCCAGCCAACCGACUCGCCAAGUCCUACAGCACCACUGGUGCCGUGACAACAACAGGGUCUCCGCUGAGGGUGGGCUCUCCACCCAACUCCAUAGCAACAGUUGCCGGGGGAGGGGCUAGCGCUUCAUCAUCCCCACUACACCUGAUGAGUUCGGGCAUAGGGAGCUACGCUACUCUGUCUCCUAAAAGACUGGCUGCUCACCACGCCUCCGACCAGUACAAGAUAUCCCAUGAGCUCUAUGCUACCGCUACGCUACAGAGGCCCGGCAGUCUGGCAGGUUCCAGGGGUUCCUACAGUAAUCAGCACAGUCACUGUGGUCCAGACCUGCGUCCCCUGGGAUCCCCAGACCACCACAAAGAGCCCAUCUAUGAGGACAGAGUCAACCACUACCACAAAGGACCUAUGAGGGGACUGGGAAACAACACUGCCCCAUCCUCCCCCGGUGUCGACUCCGCCUCUUUACAGCGAGCAGGCAGCCACAGCGCCGGAGGAAGCAGCCACAGCGCCGGAGGAAGCAGCCAAAGCGCCGGAGGAAGUUAUGGUCGUGGGGGUGCCAAUAACUACACUACAGUGGGCCCAGGCUAUACAGCAGAGGCCUAUGCUACGGACCCCUACACUGCAGAUCCCUACCGUACACUACAGUACUGCCCAUCUGUAGAGUCUCCUUACAGCAAAUCUGGACCAGCCAUGCCACCUGAGGGCACACUGGCUAGAUCACCAUCUAUAGACUCCAUACAGAAAGACCCGAGGGAGUUUGGCUGGAGGGAUCCAGAGUUACCUGAAGUGAUUCAGAUGCUGCAGCACCAGUUCCCUUCAGUCCAGUCCAACGCCGCAGCCUACCUCCAACACCUCUGCUUCGGAGACAACAAUAUCAAAUCAGAGAUUCGUCGUCAGGGUGGGAUCCAGCUGCUGGUAGACCUGUUGGACCACCGUAUGAGUGAGGUCCACCGCAGUGCCUGUGGAGCCUUGAGGAACCUGGUCUACGGCAAGGCCAACGACGACAACAAGAUCACCCUGAAGAACUUUGGGGGCAUACCUGCCCUCGUACGCCUGCUACGCAAGACGGGAGACGUGGAGAUACGAGAACUGGUCACAGGUGUGUUGUGGAACCUGUCAUCGUGUGACGCCCUGAAGAUGCCAAUCAUCCAGGAUGCGUUGGCCGUUCUGACCAAUAGCGUCAUCAUCCCCCACUCUUCCUCCUGGGACUCCUCCCACAAUCUCCAUGACGACCGCAAGCAACACACACACACCUCCCAGGUGCUCCGCAAUGCCACCGGCUGCCUCAGAAAUGUGAGUUCUGCUGGAGAGGAGGCCAGGAGGAGGAUGAGAGAGUGUGACGGACUGACAGACUCCCUCCUCUACAUCAUACAGACCGCUCUGGGCAGCAACGACAUCGACAGCAAGACCAUAGAAAACUGUGUGUGUAUACUGCGUAACCUGUCCUACCGACUGGCAGCGGAGACGUCUCAGGGCCAGCAGCUGGGUUCAGAAGAGCUGGACGGUCUGCUGUGUGACGCCAACGGACGUGACGGAGAGACCUCAGGCUGCUGGGGCAAGAAGAAGAAGAAGAAGAAGGGACAGGACCAGUGGGAUGGUGUAGGCCCUCUCCAAGACUCAGCUGACCCUCCUAAAGGGGUCCAGAUGUUAUGGCACCCGUCCAUAGUGAAGCCCUACCUCACCCUGCUUUCAGAGUGCUCCAACCCUGAUACACUGGAGGGAGCGGCUGGAGCCCUGCAGAACCUGGCUGCAGGCAGCUGGAAGUGGUCUGUGUAUAUCCGGGCUGCGGUGCGUAAAGAGAAAGGCCUUCCUAUCCUGGUGGAGUUGUUGAGGAUAGACAAUGACCGUGUGGUGUGUGCCGUGGCCACCGCACUCAGGAAUAUGGCCCUGGACAUCAGAAACAAAGAACUGAUAGGCAAAUACGCCAUGCGUGACCUGGUCCACCGGUUACCUGGCAGUAGCAGCAACAGUACCGGGGGCAGUGGUGGGACUAGUGGAGGUACCGGGGGCCCGAUGGCACCCGGUAAGACCAUGUCAGACGAUACGAUAACGGCUAUCUGCUGCGCUCUGCAUGAGGUCAUCACUAAGAACAUGGAAAACGCCAAAGCACUGAGAGACGCCGGUGGGAUAGAGAAGCUCAUCGGCAUCGCUCGCAGCAAAGGAGACAAACACUCAGCCAAGGUGGUGAAGGCUGCAUCUCAGGUGCUCAGCAGUAUGUGGCAGUACAGAGACCUACGCAGCCUCUACAAGAAGGAUGGAUACUCUCAGUAUCACUUUGUUGGUUCUGCCUCUACGAUAGAGAGAGACAGACAGAGACCCUACUCCUCCUCUCGCACCCCCUCUGUGUCCCCUGUACGAACCUCACCCAACAACCGCUCAGUAAGCGCCCCGGCCUCUCCCAGAGAGAUGAGUAUGAAGGAUCGCAAGCCCGAAAACGACUCCACGGCAACCAAUGCAGGUUUCCACAGCAACAAAGGAGAGCACACAUCCCGGAAAGACGCCAUGGCAGUCCAAAUCUCCUGUGGAACAUCCACGUUGUUCCGGAACUCUUAUGUAACUGCUAAUGACGACAUUAAACACAACCAGAUCCCUCCUCAGCCCAUGACCAUAGCUCCGCAGGCAGACUGCUCCUCUACAUCUAUAAAAGAAUACGAUACGUUCCCUCCAUCCCAUCCUCCAUCCUUCCCUCCGCCGCAGAACCCUGGCCGCAUGCUGGAUGACUCCUUCUUCGUGCCUCCAGACCAGCCCCUCCCCCAGCCCCCGUCUCAGGCUGCCACUGACCUCCGGAUGCACCUGGGCCUCAAAUCCACCGGCAACUACGUGGACUUCUACUCUGCAUCCCGGCCCUACUCCGAACUCAACUACGAGACCAGCCACUACCCGGCCUCGCCUGACUCCUGGGUCUAGAGACAGGAGUCACAACUUAUCUCUGGUCCUGGAGAGACAUAGGCUUGUGCAGGCUUUAGCUCCAGCCUUGCAGUAACAACACCUGAUUCAAGUAAUUAAAGUGUUAUGAACAGUUGUUUUUAGGAUAUCAGGUUUAUUAUUGCUGGGCUGGAACAAAAGCCUCCAUGGUCCUGUAGCUCUCCCGGACUGGGAGUGAAAACACUGGUGUAGAGUAAGGUGGGAGUGGGAGGUUAAUAUUAGUUACUAACCACAGCAGAGAUUGAGGGGGUAGAUGAGGGAGGUGCCAGGGGUUGUUAGGGACUGAGGCGUGAAGAGAGACUGUGCAUGUGCAUGAAUACCACAAUACAUUUUCUUUCUGCCAGUUUAGUUUGUUCAAAGCUUGUUCCACUGGGAAAGUGGAUGUAUGGAUAUGUCAAAAGGGAGGGAAAGAAAGAGAGGGAGAUGGAAAGAGAGAGAGAGAGUGAAGGCCUUGAUGGAAAGAAAGCGAGAAAACAAGUGAAUGAUGACGGAGGGCUCUUACAUUGACCUUCAGGAAGAAGGAGAAGAGACGAGGUGUGGAGAAAUGGAGGAGAGGAAGAGUGGCGGUGAGGGUUCUUUGGCUAAUCGGGAUGAAAAGCGACAGAACAGAGAAGGGAGAGAGGGAUGAGUGGAAUACACCAAGCUCAAGGCAAGAGUGGAUGUUUACAGGAAAAACUAAGGGAGCAGCUUUCCACCCAUUCAUUACAUUGACUUCUGACUUUCACCUUUCUAUGGAAUGUCCUCUAUUCAAGAAGACUCUUCCAACCAUUUUAUUUUCACAUUUUUUAUUUGUAUUUUUUUAAGUUGUGGAUGUAUAGUAUUUUUGGUGUACAGUACAGUGACAGUUGAGAGACUUGUGUGGUAUUGUGUAUAUUACACGAGUCACUAGCGACCGACCACUGCAUAUUGUUAGUCUGUAACAGGAGAGGCUGAGAAGAAAACACACACCAUUUGGAACAAUGUCUAUCAAUGAUCACUGUCUCCCUUUCCCACACCACAUCUGUUUGAACAGCCAGUGGUUGACUAGCAGUAUUGUCUGUUCUCUGAUCACGAAAAAUGUCUGUCCAAAGCAGUUCAAGACCGACUACAACACCGAUGACAUCAUUCCACACUCCUUCUUGACAGACUGCUUUUUCACUGCCUAAACAAUUAGAUGUAGAUAUUUGAAAUAUACGUUUCUUGUUUCUCCGUUUCCACACUCUGAUAUUUUAUUUUGAAGAUACAGUAUUUAAAAGUUCUGAAUUAAAAUGGUUUUGUCAUCCACA